UUGCCAGUUGGCUCCUCACUCAGUAGCUCAUCUUCCAGCGUUGCGUACAAAUCGAAAAUGUGGUGGAGCCGUAAGUUAGCCUCGAGAUGUCUCCGCCUCCAUAGGGCCAAGAGCACCAAAUCCCCAGCAUCGACUGGAGCAGGGGGAGGCCUGGAACCGGAGCAGACUCUGGGCAUUAUUGGUGUGCCCUUUGCCAAAGGUCAGGGCAAACAGGGUGUGGAACUGGCUCCGGACCUCCUUCGGCAAAGUAGCCUCCGGCAGGUACUACAGAGUAGUCAUGAUGGCCUGGUUAUACGAGACUAUGGAAACCUGCAGUACUCCGUGGACGAGUCGUUGCUGCAACAACAGCGUGUCCACUAUCACCACAUCCGGAACUAUGCCGACUUCAUGGCCUGCAAUCGGGCGCUGAUCGAACAGGUGAAACAGAUGCUCAAGGAGAACUCCCAGUUCCUGGCCAUUGGCGGUGAUCAUGCCAUCGGUUUUGGUUCGGUGGCUGGACAUUUGCAGCAUACGCCGGAUUUAUCGCUGGUGUGGAUCGAUGCACAUGCGGACAUCAAUCUGCAUAGCACCUCGCAGUCGGGCAACAUCCAUGGCAUGCCCGUGUCCUUUCUAUUGGAGCAGCUGCGCACCACAUGGCAGCAUGCCGGCCUCCAGGACAUAGCUCCCAACUGUUUGCCCAAGGAUCAGUUAGUCUACAUCGGCCUGAGGGACAUUGACCCCUACGAGGCGUUUAUAUUGAAUAAAGUUGGAAUACGCUACUUUGCCAUGGAUACCAUCGAUCGUGUGGGAGUGCCCAAAAUCAUUGAGAUGACUCUGGAUGCCCUCAAUCCGCAGAACAAGAUCCACGUCAGCUUCGACAUCGAUGCCCUGGACAGUAAUGUGGCGCCCAGCACCGGCACUGCUGUCCGGGGUGGCCUAACGCUGCGCGAAGGCAUCAGCAUUGUGGAAGCACUUCGGGACACCAAGCGGGUCCAGGGCGUGGACCUGGUAGAGAUCAAUCCGAAGCUGGGCAGCGAGCGGGAUGUACGCACCACCGUAGAAUCCGGCCUGGAGAUCCUCAAGAGCAUGUUCGGCUACCGAAGAUCCGGCAAUUGGAGCAACAUCGACACUGGCAUUCUGGGUAGCGAUUAAAAACGAUGGAAUA